AUGCACAUGUCUAAUGUCACCGACGAGAGGAUGAUGGCCACCGAAUUUAGGAGGGAGCUACUUCCAGAGGUUCGUUUCCAGAACCCCAACCAAAAUACUGAAAGUCAACCCCGCGCAGCGUUAACGACCCUUACACUGCUGGGUGUCAUGUAUACUGCAUGCAUUAGUGGUGGUUAUGGCUUGGAGGAGUCCGUGAGCGCUGGCGGUCCCCUUUUGACCAUUAUAUUUCUUUGUCUCAUACCAAUCUUCUGGGGUAUCCCGGUUUCUCUAUGUGUUGCGGAGCUGUCAUGCGCAAUCCCCUCUAAUGCUGGACCUAUUAUGUGGGUGAACGUUACGUUUAAGCCGUGGCUCUGCUUCUCAACUAUUUUGUGGACGGCUAUGCUCAAUUUCGUUGAUAACAGCUUAUAUCCGACAAUCCUCGCGGAUUACUGCGCUACGCUGCUUGGCAUCUCAGCGUUCUCGAAGUCUCUAGUCAAACUAGGGUUUCUUUGGUUUUGCGCUUUCAUCAACAUAUUGGGAGUGCAUGUGGUGGGGAAAAUGAGCGUCCUUGUGAUGGCAUUGACACUUAUACCGUUUGUGUUAAUUUUCUUCAUCCAGAUCCCUGAAGGCUUUGACUGGGCUCGCAUUACGACAGUGCCGCAAAGUAUCGAUUGGCCUCUGUUCAUUCCCGUCGUUGCGUGGAACUUCUCCGGCUUCGAGAGCGCCGGCAACGUCAUUGAAGAGGUUACCAAUCCGCAAAAAACAUUCGCACGGGCCCUCGUUCUGAUGAUAUUCGCAGCCCUCGCGACUUACAUACCACCAGUGCUCGUUGGAGCAAGUGCAGAGGGAGUGCGUGACAUACCAUUUGAUCAAUGGGGCGUCGGUUUUUGGGUCCGCGUGGCUCAUGCUGUUGGAGGCUACAAAAUGGCGGUAAUCAUGAUGGUUGGGGGCGCCGCCUCGACAUUCGGCCUCAUGGCAACGCAACUAACGACAACCUCACGGUCACUAGCAGGAAUGGGGACCCUCAAUGCCUUUCCUUUCGUUUCUUCCUGGCUUUCAAGGUAUAACAGGAACUUGGGGACUCCAAUCAACGCUAUCGUCACCAACACGGUGAUUACCUCGAUUCUGUCGGUGUGUCUAACCUUCACGGUAUUGGUACAGAUUGACCAGGUGUUAUACUCCUUGCGAUUGAUUUCUAUCCUCUUCGCCUUUCUCAAACUACGCCUCAAAAGACCCACCUUGGAGCGACCUUACCGUGUACCCGGUGGCUUGUGGGGUGAAGCGAUUUGUGGAAUUGUUCCCAUAGCGUUCAGUGUGACCCUUAUUGUGGCAUCAAUGUGUGCAAGCCUCAAGAUAGCUUUGGUUACCGUUAUUAUAGUUUGGGGAACGAUUUUGGUUUCCAUCAUUUGGACACACUUUUUCCGGCGGGAUGGGUUCGAAGGUUCGAUAGUGGAGAUUCUAGAGGAUGCUGACAUGCAAGCUUAUGAGUCUCUCAAAUGA